AUGCUGAAAUUAGCUUUUAGUAUUGAUGAUAGAGGAUUGGUUCACAACUAUACUAGCUUUAGUCGUGAAUUUGUUGAUCAGAUGAAUUACAUGAUCACGACUUCGGAAAGAAUAGAUCCCAACGUCUCACAUAAUUGUUGGUGCUCUGCAGUAAUAGAACCGGUGUUUGUAGUCUCCUUAGAUGGAUCUAGAACACAGUGGAGAUGCGAUCGUUGUUUCUGGCAGUGUGCAGCUUGGGACUUCUGCAAUGAUAUUCACUUGACCGCUGUCCACCGGCCAUAUGAAGAUUAG